AUGGCUUCCGCAAAGUCACUCCUCCUGUCUUCGCUUCUAUUAGCCCCUGCUGUCAGUGCUCAGGCCUACGAUUCAGGAAGCCGCAAUGAAGAUGCCUUCAGCUAUGUCCAACCCUUGAAUACUACUAUUCUUGGCCAGUAUGGACACUCGCCAGCCGUCUUCCCGUCCCCCAACGCCAAUGGUGCUGGAGGAUGGGAAGCCGCUCUCGCCAAGGCCAAGGCGUUUGUUGCCCAGCUCACUCUUGAGGAGAAAUCCGACAUGGUGACUGGUGCCCCGGGUCCCUGCGUUGGAAACAUCUACCCCAUUCCUCGCCUCAACUUCUCCGGCCUCUGUCUUCAGGACGGGCCUCUGUCUAUUCGUGUUGCCGACUAUGCAAGCGUUUUCGAGGCCGGUGUAACGGUAGCAAGUACGUGGGAUAAGGACAUCCUCUACAAGAGAGGAUAUGCCAUGGGCCAGGAGUUCAAGGCCAAGGGAGCCCAGAUUGCUCUCACGCCCGUAGCUGGCCCACUUGGACGAUCAGCCUACUCCGGAAGAAACUGGGAGGGUUUCUCCCCUGACCCUUACCUAACUGGUGUCGCCAUGGAAGAAAGCAUCAAGGGCCUCCAGGAUGCUGGCGUUCAAGCCACUGCCAAGCACUUCAUUGCAAAUGAACAGGAGACGAUGCGAAACCCUACUUUCAAUGAGAAUGGCACUCUCACAGACGUAACCUUCGAAGCCCUUUCUGCCAACAUGGACGACAGAACCAUGCAUGAGCUUUACUUGUGGCCCUUUGCCAAUGCCGUCAAGGCCAACGUCGCCAGCAUGAUGUGUGCGUACCAGAGAAUCAACGGAUCCUAUGCCUGCCAGAACAGCAAGGCCCUAAAUGGCCUGCUGAAGGAGGAACUUGGUUUCCAGGGAUAUGUCAUGUCUGACUGGGGUGGCACCCACUCCGGUGUUGCCUCCAUUGAGGCUGGACUGGACAUGAAUAUGCCCGGUGGUCUUGGUAACUAUGGUAUGGUGCCCGAGGCCGGUUCUUACUUUGGCGGCAAUGUUACUAUUGCUGUGAACAACGGUACUGUCGAUGUUGCACGUCUCGAUGACAUGAUCGUCAGAAUCAUGACCCCUUACUACCAUCUGGGUCAAGAUGUUGACUUCCCCACUGUUGACCCGUCUACGGCCGACCUCAACACUUUCUCGAACCGGUCGACCUGGCUCCGAGAGUGGACCCUUACGGGUGAAGCCAGCCGCGACGUUCGCGGGGAUCACGGAGCUCUGAUCCGCAAGCACGCUUCUGAAGCGACUAUUCUUCUGAAGAACGAGAAAAACGUUCUCCCACUGAAAGCGCCCAAGUCCAUUGCCGUGUUUGGUAACGACGCCGGCGAGGACACUCAAGGCUUCCUGAACCAGGCUAACUUCGAGUAUGGUACUCUCACUGCUGGCGGCGGUUCCGGUACAGGUCGCUUGACUUACCUUGUUACUCCUCUUGAUGCUAUCAAGGCUCGCGCUGCGCAGGAUGGAGCCCUUGUCCAGCAGUGGCUUAACAAUACUCUGAUCGCCACCACAAACGUCACCAGCCUCUGGAUUCCCAAGCUCCCUGAGGUGUGCCUUGUCUUCCUGAAGACCUGGGCUGAGGAGGCGGCCGACCGUGAGCACCUCUCGGUUGACUGGAAUGGUGACGAUGUAGUUGAGUCCGUUGCGAAGUACUGCAACAACACUGUCGUUGUCACUCACUCGUCUGGUAUCAACACCCUCCCCUGGGCUGAUCACCCCAACGUCACUGCUAUCCUGGCUGCACACUUCCCUGGCCAGGAGUCUGGCAACUCCAUUGUCGACGUCCUCUACGGUGAUGUCAACCCCUCUGGUAGACUGCCCUACACCAUCGCCUUGAACGGUACCGACUACAACGCGCCCCCUACCACUGCCAUCAACACUACGGGAGUUGAGGAUUGGCAGUCAUGGUUUGACGAGAAGCUUGAGAUCGACUACCGCUACUUCGAUGCCCAGAACAUAUCGGUCCGCUACGAGUUCGGCUUCGGCCUGUCGUACAGCUCCUUCGAGCUUGCAGACGUUGCUGCUGAGUGUCUGGCCGAGGGACUCACCACCGCAGCGGAGGCUCAGCCUAUCAUGCCCGGCGGUAACCCAGCCCUCUGGGAGUCGAUCUACAAUGUCACCAUCUCCGUUAGCAACACUGGCGAAGUCGCUGGCGCCACUGUACCUCAGUUAUAUGUUACCUUCCCUGACAGUGCCCCUGAGGGUACACCGCCCAAGCAGUUGAGAGGUUUCGAGAAGGUUUUCCUCGAAGCUGGCGAGACUCGGACUGUCGGCUUCGAACUCAUGAGAAGAGACCUCAGCUACUGGGAUGUUGUCUCGCAGCAGUGGUUGAUCCCCACUGGAGAGUUCACUAUUAGCGUCGGAUUCAGCAGCAGAGACUUGAAGGCUGUAACCACCAUUACCCCGGUCUCCGCAUGA